AUGGCUUUCUUAUUCAAAUCGAAAAAGGCCCAGGGCACGGCUCUGCCCCCGGCGACUCGAAAUGUCCACACUUCCGAAGGCGCACCAUCUACAGGAUCAUCUAAUCUGCCUAAUGGGGUGAAAGCAGAUGGCACAACCUCUCAAACACCAACCCCCAGCGGAAGCUUUAGCCACUCACUCAACACUGCGAGUCCAACCAGCCCGGACGCAGUUCGUCCGCGGCAAAGAGCGGAAUCAGAGUCUCAGGCCCAACGACCACAAGGACCCCCAAACGGUAUCCCGCCUCCCAGUCCGAAUUCAUCCCUCUACCCAUGGUCACAACGCCGACUGAACUUCUCCUCCCCGCAAACGAAUCCGUUUCCUCGAUAUGGCGCCGCGAUCAAUUCAGUGGCCUCCAAGGAAGGAGAUAUUUAUAUGAUGGGUGGAUUGAUUGACGGAUCCACGGUCAAGGGGGAUCUGUGGAUGAUCGAAAGCAGCGCUGGUAGCUUGAAUUGUGUUCAGGUCGCAACCGUAUCCGAAGGUCCUGGUCCGCGAGUCGGUCAUGCCAGUUUACUUGUCGGAAACGCUUUCAUUGUGUUCGGCGGUGACACCAAGAUUGAUGAGAACGACAGCUUGGACGACACAUUGUACCUUCUGAAUACUUCAUCGCGACAAUGGUCUCGCGCCAUUCCCCCGGGCUCUCGCCCUUCUGGACGUUAUGGACACACAUUGAACAUCUUGGGAUCUAAGCUUUAUGUGUUCGGAGGUCAGGUUGAAGGUUUCUUCUUUAACGACUUGAUUGCGUUUGAUUUGAACCAGCUCCAGAACCCUGCAAACAAAUGGGAAGUGCUCGUCCAGAACAGCCACGAAGGUGGGCCCCCAGCAGGUCAAAUCCCUCCGGCGAGAACGAACCAUACGAUUGUCAGCUACAACGACAAGCUAUAUCUCUUCGGAGGUACAAACGGAAUGCAGUGGUUCAAUGAUGUCUGGGCGUACGAUCCGCAUACCACCACCUGGACCGAGAUGGAUUGCGUUGGCUUCAUCCCAACGCCCAGAGAGGGCCACGCUUCUGCCCUGGUCGGUGAUGUAAUGUACGUGUUUGGAGGUCGGACUGACGAAGGUGUUGAUCUGGGAGACCUCUCAGCGUUCAGAAUCUCAACUCGACGAUGGUUUUCUUUCCAAAACAUGGGCCCGGCACCAUCUCCUCGUUCUGGCCACAGUAUGACAGCCUUCGGCAAGCAGAUCAUCGUCAUGGCAGGCGAGCCAAGCUCGUCUCCCAGAGACCCUGUUGAACUGAGCAUGUCCUACAUCCUUGACACAAGCAAAAUCCGGUACCCGAAUGAUUCUCAGCCUGGAGGGCGCGUGCCUGAAGCAGCAGGAAGAAAAACAAGCGUUGAGAAACAGGGACCCUCAUCUGGACGAACAUCUCGUGAAGCACAAAACCAACACCCAGAACAGACAAUGCGCAAAGGACCCACGCCUUCUCGAGAAAGCAUGACCUUGGCGACUUCAGGCUCGAAUCCAAACCUGGGACCAGGAUCUAGACUUCCUCGGGCCUCAAUCGCUCAAGCCCCAUCUGGACCACCACCUCCUGGGCAAGCACCAUCUCCCGGCCCCCGAGGCAACGGUCCUCCUGCCAGCGCGAACCCUCGCAGCAAGACUCCAACAAAGAAUGAGCGCGGGAACACCCCUACUAUUGAUAUCCGCACAGCGAACGGUGAACGUGGUGAAUCCCCAGUCACUAAGGAAGGACCCCAAGAUCCGCAGGGACCUCCUUCAGCUGGUCGCCGAACCCCGACUCAGCACCAAAAGCCAUCAGCCAAAGCAAUGGAAGCGGGUGAAGCAGCUCCUCUGAUCAGUACCCCAGGCCGCCAGCGAUCGCUCCGUUCUCAGAGACAGCGUGGGUCUGUUGACAGCGGGGAAGAGUCCAUUUUGGGUCGGCAUGCCAGCAUUGAGGGCUCUAUUGACUCUCGAACCUACCGCAACUCCAAGACCCUAGGUGACGAGCCUCGGUCUCCUCGUCUCACCCCCCACCAGGAGGCAUUGAUCAAGGAGCUGGAGGCCACCAAGGCUCGGAAUGCCUGGUAUGCAUCGGAGCUUGCGCUGGCGAAGAAGGGAGGCUAUGUUCCAAAUGCGACAAGUAGCCCUGCUUUGGAUGAACGGGCUAGUGAUGCCUUGAAUGACGAGGAUCGCCCCCUCUUGGAGGCCUUCUUGGCCAUGAGAGCAGACUUGGUUAAGAUGCAGGCUACUGUCGACCGACAGGCUGCCAUCGCCUCGAAGCGUGUUGCAGAAGUAGAGCACCAACGUGAUAUGGCUAUCAACGAGGCAGCAUAUUCUCGGGCCAAGCUCGCUGCCCAUGGUGGUAGUCAGCGAGGCACCCCUCAGCCCGAGAGUUCCCGCGAUGGCGAAGAUGAACGCCCUACUGAUAUGGGCCGUCGCCUCGCCCUGGCUCUCGCCUCCCAGGCUGAGCUUAAGGCCAAGCUGGAUCUCCAGACGACCGAGCUAAUGCAAGAACGCCAAGCAAAAGAACUUGCCGAAGAAACAAAUGAGGCAACUCGCAAACGCCUGGCAGAACUGGAGAUGCAAAGCAACACCCUCGAGGCUGAGAACCUGCGUGCCGAGCUCCACCAGGCAGAAGCCACUUCUAGACAAGAGGCCUUGUUGCACGCGGAGGCUGAAGCUUCACUGCGACAACUCACUCUAGAUAAGGAAGAGCUGUUGGCACAGCUCGAAGAGUCCUCAGCUCGUCUGAAGGACUUUGGUUCCAACUUCGGUGGCUUGAGAGAGGCUGUUGCCGCCUCUGCUGCCAAGACCGCCAUAGUUGAACGGCAGUUGUACGAAGAGCGUGAGCGUCGGGAGGGUCUUGAAAGAAAACUUUUGCUGCUUCGCUCCGAGCACGAGGAGCGGACUACGGACCUCGAAAACGUCACUCGACGUCUCCGAGAUGCGGAGGAGUUGGCCGAGAGCCACGCAAAGGAAGCCGAGACUCAUAAACUGGCAUUUGUUUCAGGCUUGGAACGUGCUUCUUCUACAGACUUGGAUAAUACUAUUCGUUCCCGUGCCGACCAGAGAGUGGCUGCACUGGAAGCCCAAAUCGAGCGUUCGAACACUCUGGCCAAGGCCAACCAAGCAGCAGCCGACUCCGCAGCGGACAAGCUCCGCCGCGCCGAGGAGCGGAUUGCAGGCCUCGAGGCUUACCAGGAGCAGGCGAGCCGUGAGGGCUUGCAACUGCGCAGACAGCUUCAGACCGCUAUGAAGGAAAGCCAGUCCGCUGCUACAGACAGCAGAGACCUCAAGUCUCAACUUGAGACCCAGCAGCGUGAGGCUGGUGCUCUCGCAAUCCAACAUGCUGCUUUGAAAGAUCUUCUCGGCGAGCGUGGUAUCAACAGUGAUACUAGACGUUCCCCCCGUCUUGACUCCCCUGGAUCCCGCUUCGGUACUCCCGAGCAGGGUCGUCUGCGGGAGCUGGAGCAACAACUCUCCGCCAGCAUCAAGGCUCACGAAGACCUUAAGAAUAGCUUCGAGUCUCGCGAGCAAGAGGCUGAUCGCACAUUCCGAGAGAAACUGGAGCAGCUUGAGAAUGACUACCAGUCAGCUGUCCACUAUGUGAAGGGCACCGAAAAGAUGCUCAAGCGCAUGAAGGAUGAACUGAGUCGCUACAAGACCCAAAAUGCCAAAAUGCAGUCUGAACUCGAAGCUGCUCAAAGAAGCCUUGAGAAUAACGAUCAGCCAUCUGGAGAUUCGACUGAAUUGGAGGCUGAGCGGGUCCGGCUUGAACAGACAGUCUCCGAGAUCGAAGCGCGCACAUCCGCCUCUAUUGCUAACCUCGAGGCUCGAAUCUCUCAGCUUCAGGGAGAUCUAGACGAGGCUACAACUGAGAAGCAACACUCGCAGAACGAACACGAACGCUUCAGACAAGAACUUCUUUCUGCUGCGGAGCGCAGUCGAAUCGAGCUGGAGCAACUCAAGCGAGAGAACACCCACCUUGAAACCCGUGCUUCGGAUGCAGAGCAAAAGGUCAACAUGCUCUUGGAACAAGUCCAGACAUCCGUCGGUCAUUACCGCCGCCAGUCCCAGCAUGGUACAGGCACUAACGGGAUCUCUCGCUCUCAUAGCAACGCCUCUAGCAACACUGUCAGCGGAGGAAAUGGACGCCCUCGAGCCGAUAGCAACGUCUCGCAAGAGUCCUCUUUCCCCGACAACCGUGGCUCCAUGGCGCUGGACUCUCUCGCCAACGAGCUGGAUGCCCUUCGUACUCAUUGGGAAAGUACCAACCGCAACUACCGUCUGAGCAGCCAGUUGGAUAUGGAGCGAACUCCCACCAAGGAUAACAGUGACGGCCCCGCAUUAAUGAGUGAUAGCUUGGCCGAGUGGAGAAGAAGACUAGAUGAGGAUGAACGGGCUGGUCUUCCCGUCAAAACCAAGCCAUUGACUGCCGGAGCUGGAGCCGAUGGUUCUAACGUGAUCUAA